AUUCGUAAUUCGUGUACUGCAAGAGCAGCACUUGUCUGUCGACCGUAAUCGAGUGAACAAGUUUCUACGGAGUGUUGCCUCAAUAUUUCCACUCCGUGUCGUUUCGUUCGUGUCUACAAAUUUUGUGUAUAUUUUGUCUUGUCUGUUGUGUGUUCGACUUGGCAACACUUAUUCACGACGACGACGUAACCACAGAAGAAAUAAGAUUUUUUUUAUAAAAAAUUACAUUACAAUCGAAUUUACCUCCAUUUGAUUGAGAUUGAAUGUUAUUCAUGUUCAAUACACUGAAUUGAACUUAAAAUUGUGUUACAAAAACGUUUUAUAACAAAUAUUUCAAAAAUAAUACUUUAUAACAUUGAUUUACAUUAAAAAGAAAAUCUAACAUAUUUUACGUGGCCCCGGGCCCCCUCUCCAUCGCGCAAUAAAGUUAAGAAAAAGAAAAUACCCAAAACAAAACCAGAAGUGCCUGCAUAUUUUGCCUUGCAACGAUUUCACCUCUUUUUUAAAAUAAAAUACAAAAAUUCAAAACUAGCCCGCCCGCCGCCGUACCGAGUACCGUACCGAGACCAUUUUAUUAGUGGAUUUUCUUGCAAGCAUUUGAAUUCAACAAAUAUUCGAUUUGAUAUUUUCUUUUUAAUUCAAAAUUUUAAUAUCAAUCAUCGUGUUAAUCGAGUCAAACCACCAACACAAAUGCUAAUCGACUCGUAUGCAUAUACAAGUGCCAGUGUGUGUGGUAGUGCAUAACUAAAGGUUUUAUUUUAGUUUAAAUUAAACACAAAAACCAACAUAAAACAUAAAUUUAAGGAACAUAAAAUCACUGCUGCUGCUGUGCUCCGCUGUGACUCAUAAAAGUGAAAUGAAAAUGAGGAUUAAACGAGAAUCGCCGUGCCUAGUUCUAAGGUUUAGGCCUGUCAGUAUAAUUCCUACUCAUAAGGACUACAACAGUAAUAAACGGCAGUCGACGAGUUCGAAUGAAGAAGAAGCCUCCGGUAGUCGAGUACCCCCUUUAAUGAGGAGUUGCUCUAGUCCAGCCAUAUAUGACAUUGAGACUCAUCCUGCGUCACCCGUAUUCCCGCACCUGCUCCUCGGCAAUGGAAAGGACGCAGAUAAUCCUGAAGGUGUUGGCGCAAAUUGGGUAUUGAAUGUUACCUGCCAACCACCAAAUACAAGCCCGCAACCGGGUAUGAAAUAUAAGCAAAUACCUGCCAGUGACACGCCCCAUCAGAACAUCAAACAGUACUUCCAAGAGGCGUAUGAUUUCAUCGAAGAAGCACGUUCAAAAGGAUCAACCGUUCUGCUACAUUGCCAUGCGGGCAUCUCAAGAAGUGCAACAAUCGCCAUCGCUUAUGCCAUGCGUUACAAAUCCUUGUCCCUCAUAGAAGCCUAUAAACUUGUUAAGGGAGCUCGACCAAUAAUAUCACCCAAUCUUAAUUUCAUGGGUCAAUUACUAGAACUCGAACAGAGUUUACGUGCAGCUGGUGUCUUAGAGCCAUUGAGUCCAACAACAAAUGCAACAACUAGUCAAAGUGCCCCAACGUCCGACAACGAAAUGGAAAGCGACGAGGACGAAACACUCCAAUGUCCUCGGCUUUCGUUUCUAACUUUCGAUUCGGAUAGUUGUUCAUCAUCAUCUGGACUUCCCGAAGCAGCUGAAUCGGUACCAAGUUCUACUACAGCAUCCUCAGUGUCAUCAUCAUGUUCGUCAUCACCCGUAUCGACAACAGUGCCGAGUAUAUUUUCACCCAACAAUAAUACUGUCGUGGGUCCAGAUCAGCAGUGUCCUCAGUUGGUAUCCUUGGCGAACAAUUAAUAAGAAGCCGAAGGCAUAACGAGGAAGCCAAGAGAAGCGUAAACAGAGACAGAGACAAAACAUAAUGGUUGUCCUACGGAGAGAGACCAAUGCAAACAUUGUUCUAGAGACAUAAAGUUGCUAGAUUUUAAUUUUAAGUUCGAUUUAAAUGAAGAUAUAAAUGUGUUUAGUAUGUGAAUAUCUUAUUUAGUUUUUGUAAAAUAGAUAAAGUUUGUUAUUGUAUAAAUGAGAAAAACCUCCCUCCUCCCCUACCCAACCCUUUCUU